GUAAGUCGUCUUUAUUUCUCCCUAUUUUUGUACUCGAAAUAUUUAUCUUGUCUUGCUUUUUAUGCUGCCGAUUUUUUGGUCAACAGUGAUGAGGAAGAAGAAGUACCAACUACUGACGUGGCUCCUCGGACAAGCACGUCGCGUACUGUACUUGCCUCAGACACGCUAGUUGAAGGGGAAGAAACGUCGCCUCCUCAACAAAACGUCGUCACCACUACUCCACCGUCAAGCCCCCUUGCUCCUUCACCAAAAAGGACAAGGGUGGAAAAGAUUGUUGAACCUGCCCCUCAGUUGGGCAGUUCGUCGACUCUGCUCCUAGAUGAUCCUAUGAUCAAGGAUCUUCUCCGCAUCGGUUCCCAAUUUAUUGGGUACCGUGAAUAUGCUAAUAGAGCCGAAGAGAAACUUGCAGAGGCCAACGAACGCGCCGACGCACUUGCUCGAAAACUUGAGCAAAGUGAGGCGGCCCGCAAGAAAGCCGACCUCGCUGCUAGCAAAGCCAAGACCGAAGCUGAUGAAGCCAAGGCGAAAGCUGCUGGUGUCGAGGAAUUGCAGAAAAAACUUGAGGAUGCUACAGCUGCCUUAGAUGAGCACAAAGCUGCGCAAGCUUCUCGUGAAGAAGGAAUCCUCAAGCGCCUGAAAACUCAGAGUCGCCGCACUUUCAGUAAGUUUGCUGAUCCCUUCUAUUUUUAUGAGAAUCGUUGUUUCUUGUCUUUUCACUAA